GGAAGGGAUUUGAAGGUGGGAAUACACUUUUACGGCAAGGAGGAAGGAAAACGCUGUAGGCCAGGCAGAUCUCACCGCCCUGCCCCGAGUAGGUGGGUGGCUGGGUGGGUCUGGAUAGCAAGGGCUGCCAGUCCUUCUGCCCUUCCCGUUGGUCAGAGCACCUACCCCUCCCCUUGCCCUCUUUUCUCCCCCCCCCCCCCCACCCCCCCCCACAGCGCCUGGGGAGAAGCCUUCUUCAUCAUGUUGCAGACGGUCUCCAUCGGCUUCAUGGUGCAGCAUUUUGGGGGCCAGACCAGGCGGGGCCUGGCCUUCCUCUUCACCUACUUCGCCCUCCUGGCUCUCCUGCUCUCUCCGCUCACCCCAUCCGUGGUUGUGACUACCCUCCAGGUGUCCAACAUGCCCACUGCCACCACCAGCAGGCUCCUGCAAGCAGCCACCAACUACCGCAACGGCCACACCGGCCAGCUGUCAGCCAUCACAACCUUCCUGCUCUUCGCCGGGUCCCUGGCACGAAUCUUCACGUCCAUCGAGGAGACCGGAGACCUGCUGAUGGUGCUGACCUACGUGGUCUCCCUGGCUUGCCACAGCCUCAUCCUGGCACAGGUGCUCUACUACUGGAAGGCCACGGACCGUCUCAAGAAAGAGUAACCAGGUUGCUGCUGCUACUGACGCUACUGCUGCCCCCCCUUGCCAGGGGGCUCGAGGCCCGGAGAACACCCCCAAGGCCGGCGGCUUUUCCCCCCCCGCCGCCCCC